UAAACCCCCUUCCUCCCGAAACCACGCCCGCUCCGAUCCACGGGUCUCCCUCCUCCCUCCCUCCCGGCCGCCGGCGCGAUGAGGCGCUUCCUCGCCCAUCUCGAUCGCCACUCCCACCGCUUCCUCCCGCCCUCGCCUCCUGUGCCACCUUGCAAACCCGCAGCCACCACCAACCUCCCCUUCCUCCUGCCCCGCCGCUUCCUCUCCGCCGCCGCCUCGCCCCCGGCAGCUGCGCCGCCGCCGCCUCCUCCGCCCACCGCCGACGUCCCGAAUGAAGAGUUGAAGAAGAGGUUGGAGAAUUACUACAAGGUAGAUGAGGAGGCGGAGUUGUCGUCUGUUGCCGAGGCUGUUCUCGAGCGGAAGCUCGCAGAUGCCCAUAGUGAGACUGAUGAUGACCUUAUUGAGGAGCUGCGCAAUAAGCCACUCCCUGAGGUCCGUGACCGGGACUUUGAGUCCGACUUCGAGGAGAUGCACGAUACCGAUGAUGAGCUGAAUGAUCUGUACAACGCGAGGCAGUAUGUUGAGAAAAAGAUCAAGAGGGAUGAGUUCUUUAACAUGGAUGACACCAAGUGGGACGUGAUGAUCAAGGAGGCCAUGGAUAAAGGGCACCUGAGUAGCAUGAAGGAGUGCGAGGAUAUCCUCGAGGACAUGCUACACUGGGACAAGCUACUGCCUGAUGAGAUUAAGCAAAAGGUGGAGGGCAAAUUUAAUGAGUUGGGAGACAUGUGCGAGACGGGAGAGAUUGAACCUGAGCAGGCUUAUGCAUUAUUCAAAGAAUUUGAGGAUAAAAUGGUAGCUGAGUGCACAGAACUAAUGGAAGCAGAGGUGCCAACUGACGCAGAUGAAGUUACUGAAACAGGAAGUAAGAAAGUUGAGUUGGAUGAUCCACCUGGCGAGGGACCUGUUCUAAGGUGGGAAUCAAGCGUUGUGUUUGCUCCUGGUGGCGAUGCAUGGCAUCCCAAAAACAGAAAAGUCAAACUCAGUGUAACUGUUAAGGAGCUGGGACUUUCACGACAUGCGUUCCGCCGAUUACGUGAGGUUGUUGGAGAGAGGUAUAAUUCUGGGAAAGAUGAACUCACAAUAACCAGUGAAAGGUUUGAGCAUCGGGAAGAGAACAGAAAAGAUUGCUUAAGGACACUGUAUGCAAUAAUAAAAGAAGCAAUGAAAGCUGAUGAAUUUGCUGAGGAUGCCAGAAAUGCUUAUGUUAAAGGAAGACUUAAGGCUAAUCCUCAAUUUAUGGAACGGUUGAAGAGGAAAACAGAGAAGUUGAGGGCAGCUGCAUAAGACACGUUAUACAGCACCAAUUUUGAACAAUUCCUCUCUUUCCUGUACCAGCUGACUCUUCUGCUUUCUCGUUUGUAUUGUUAGCUACAGCAAUAGACAGGGGGAAGAAUAUGUUGCUUGUGCUUUACCUUUUCUGCCUUUAAUUGCUUCGACUUUGUGUAGGGUUACUUUUAGUUAAAGAUACCCUUUUUGUGUUGAACUUAGCUUCCCAUGCAGAUCAGUUUGCGUGAGAGCUUAGAUGAGAGAACAGACUAUACCUUAAUUAUCCCGAAUAACAAAGUCAACGAAAAUUUCCAGUC